GUGUGGCAAGGGCAGGUGAGUGGCUGCCACAGCUCAGGGCCCGAGGGACAGGGCUGGCUGGCCCUGACUUGCUCCUGCUUGAACCAGUCUUGUGUUGAUGGUCUGUCUGUGAACUCUGAGGUCUCUUCUGGAAGCCACUGUGCCGGCCAGGAGUGAGAUGCUGCGGAAGCAAGCUGGAGAAGAAGACAGCGUGGUGCUGAUCGACAUGACCUCCCCUGAAGCAGGGAAUGGGUGCUCCUAUGGGAGCACAGCCCAAGCCUCAGAGGCAGGUAAACAGCAGGUGGCCCCCAGCAGAGUUGGGAGCUCUGCCAACCCCCCAAUUGAUUUUGUUCUUGUUUGGGAAGAAGACCUGAGGAGCCGAGAGAACCCCACUCAGGACAAGACAGACACACAUGAAAUCUGGCGGGAGACCUUUCUGGAAAAUCUCCGUGUGGCUGGCCUGAAAAUAGAUCAGCGCGAUGUCCAGGACGAGGCCGCUGCAGUACAUUACAUCCUCCUCAGUGCACCCUGGGCUGUACUCUGCUACUACGCAGAAGACCUGCGCCUGAAGCUGCCUCUGCAGGAGUUACCCAACCAAGCUUCCAACUGGUCGGCCACCCUUCUGGAGUGGCUGGGCAUCCCCAAUAUUCUGCUGGAGAAUGUGCCUGACACGCCCCCUGAGUAUUACUCCUGCCAGUUCAAAGCGAGCAAGCUGCAAUGGUUCCUUGGGAGUGACAACCAGGACACCUUCUUCACCAGCACCAAGAGGCACCAGAUUCUAUUUGAGAUCCUGGCCAAGACUCCAUAUGGCCACCAGAAGAAAGGCUUGUUUGGGAUUGAUCAGCUGCUGGCAGAAGGUGUAUUCAGUGCAGCCUUCCCUCUGCAUGAUGGCCCGUUCUCUGUAGUCCCAGAGAGUUCACAGGUCCUGGGUCUCACCCAGCGCCAAGUCCUAUUCAAGCACUGGGCUCGCUGGGGCAAGUGGAGGAAGUACCAGCCACUGGACCAUGUGCGAAGGUACUUCGGGGAGAAGGUGGCUCUCUACUUUGCCUGGCUUGGGUUCUACACUGGUUGGCUCCUGCCCGCGGCAGUCGUGGGCACAGUGGUCUUCCUGGCGGGCUGUUUCCUGGUGUUCUCAGAUGUACCAACGCAGGAGCUGUGCCACAGCUCGGACACCUUCGACAUGUGCCCACUGUGCUCCGACUGCUCCUUUUGGCUGCUCUCCAGUGCCUGCACCCUGGCCCAGGCUGGGCGGCUCUUCGACCACGGUGGCACUGUCUUCUUCAGUUUGUUCAUGGCACUGUGGGCGGUGCUGCUUCUGGAGUACUGGAAGCGGAAAAACGCCACGUUGGCCUACCGCUGGGACUGCUCUGACUACGAGGACAUUGAGGAGAGGCCUCGGCCCCAGUUCGCUGCAACAGCACCCAUGACAGCCCUGAACCCCAUCACGGGGGAAGAUGAGCCUUACUUUCCCGAGAAGAAUCGUGUACGCCGCAUGCUGGCCGGUUCUGUGGUGCUCUUGAUGAUGGUGGCUGUGGUGAUUAUGUGUCUUGUAUCUAUCAUCCUGUACCGGGCCGUGAUGGCUAUCAUCGUGUCCAAGUCGAACAACGCCUUCCUCUCGGCCUGGGCUUCACGAAUUGCCAGCCUCACAGGGUCCGUGGUGAACCUUGUCUUCAUCCUCAUCCUCUCCAAGGUCUAUGUGAUCCUGGCCCAGGUCCUAACAAGAUGGGAGAUGCACCGGACGCAGACCGCGUUUGAGGACGCCUUCACCCUCAAGGUGUUCAUCUUUCAGUUUGUGAACUUCUACGCCUCGCCUGUGUACAUUGCCUUCUUCAAGGGCAGGUUUGUGGGAUACCCAGGCAACUACCACACCUUGUUUGGAGUCCGAAAUGAGGAGUGUCCAGCUGGAGGCUGCCUCAGUGAGCUGGCACAGGAGCUCCUGGUCAUCAUGGUCGGCAAGCAGAUCAUCAAUAACGUGCAGGAGGUUCUUGUCCCAAAGCUGAAAGGCUGCUGGCAGAAGUUGUGCUCCCGGAGGAAGAAAGCUGGCAUGGGGGCCAACCCAGCACCUUGGGAGGCUGACUAUGAGUUGCUGCCUUGUGAGGGGCUAUUUCAUGAAUACCUUGAAAUGGUGCUGCAGUUUGGGUUCGUCACUAUCUUUGUGGCCGCCUGCCCGCUGGCGCCGCUUUUUGCCCUACUCAACAACUGGGUGGAGAUCCGCCUGGAUGCGCGCAAGUUUGUGUGCGAGUACCGGCGUCCCGUAGCGGAGCGCGCCCAGGACAUCGGCAUCUGGUUCCACAUCCUAGCGGGCCUCACCCAUCUCGCGGUCAUCAGCAAUGCUUUCCUACUGGCCUUUUCCUCCGACUUCCUGCCGCGUGUCUACUACAGCUGGACGCGCGCCCCUGACCUGCGUGGCUUCCUCAAUUUCACGCUGGCGCGUGCGCCGCCCACCUUCACCUCGGCACACAACCGCACUUGCCGGUACCGGGCUUUCCGGGAUGAUGACGGACACUAUUCCCCAACUUACUGGACUCUCCUGGCCAUCCGCCUGGCCUUUGUCAUCGUGUUUGAGCAUGUGGUGUUCUCUACUGGCCGUUUCCUGGAUCUCUUGGUUCCUGACAUCCCAGAAUCUGUGGAAAUCAAGGUGAAGCGGGAAUACUACUUGGCUAAACAGGCACUGGCUGAUAAUGAGGCUCUCCUUGGAGCAACAGGAGUGAAGGGUGAGCAGCCUCCAAGCUCAGAGCCCAGUCUGGGUCUUCCAGCCUAGGG